AUGUCUGUCACUGGGGUAAAAAAAGUAUAUCCCCUGUGGAACAUUUGCCUUAUCUGUGGGUUUUCAUUUGUGAGCAAAUCUGUUGACACCGAUGGCAACAUCAAAAUCAACAAAUACCUGGACAAAAAACUCCGACUUUCCACGGACCGAAUGAAAGUUUUGAAAGAUGUGUGCGGAAUCUCGGAUAGUGUAGUGUAUCCAACUAGCACAGGUGUGUGUCAAAAGUGUUUCAGAAGUACCGAAAGAGUAUUAAAACUGGUAAAGGAAGCGGCAUCUAUGAGGGAAUCUUUUAAAGCAUGUGUUCAACUCACGCUGCAAAGGUUUAAUGUUUGUGUGCCUUACCCCUCUAAAAGAUUCAUUGAAAAGAAAGAAAUAAGGAGCCCAUGUAAAGAAAAUACUGAUGUGAAGAGGGUUCGACCAGAUGAUCCACUGUUAGUACCUAUCAGAAGGGUAAUGCCUGUGAAGCUGGUACAACUCCAGCCUGCCAGCGCUAAUGUAAUUGUGAACAAACCACGCCGCUCUCUUGGUGGGGACUUUUUGAAACAGGUAUAUGUGCAUUAUCCAAGUGGGAAAAAGACAGCCCUCAUAACUUCUGAACUUCACAAAAGUAUUUGCAAAACAAUAGUCGGCAGGAGCAAUGUUGAACAGACCAUUGUAAAUCACCUCUGUUCAUCUAACUCAGAAGUUGUUACACAUGAUGUGUCAAGAGUAGUUAUGAAAGAAGCACAGACUCUUUGUAAGAGGGGGUCAGGAUCCAAUCUUCAGAGUAAAGAUUUUAAAGACUUCUUCCAAUUUAAGUGGGAGCAAAUGAAAGAGGAACUGCAAAGGAGGUACCCUACAGUUCUUACAUUACUAUCAGCAGUAGUUAGUGAUAAGGAGCUGUCCAGUGAAAGCAAGGGAUUCAUCCACAUUAUGGUAUCUGGCGCCAUUGCAUUGCAUGGAAGAAACCAGGAAAUGUCCCUUUUCCAGUACAUGACUGCACUAGUGUUAACUCAUGGUGGAUGCAUUCAAAAGGACAUUGAACGACUAUCAAACAUUGGAUUGAGUGUCCAUCCUAAGACCAUCCACAGGAAGUUAGAAUCCUGGAAAGAAUUGGUAGAUGUAAAAGUCAAAGAAUUACGUGAUUCAUGGGCUGAUAGUGGGAAUGUGAAAUAUCAAUCAAUGGGGGACAAUUGGGACAAGAAUAUAGUACCAUCAUACAGGACAUCAGACCGAAACACAUUGUCACUCCAUCUCUUCAAUGUUAUUGUGGUUCAAGAUAGAGUCCCAUCUUUACCGGGGCUUCCUAAAGAGGAAAGAGAGAUGACACAAGCUUGUGAAUUUCUACCAUCCAUUGCUGAUCAAAAACAACUUAUGAAAGAAUUGACAUUCUUAUUUGCAACCUCCAUCAUUGAGCAUAAUCCUCAGCUGCAUAGAGUGUUUAACGCUAUUUAUCCAAAGCAUUUGGAUCAUCCUUACAGUCAUUACUUUGGACUUAAGACAUUCCAAUAUCCACUUGGAUUAUAUGACUGUAAUGAAAACAAGACCCAAGAACUCAUUGCUCUUUUGAAAACGCUAUCCCAUGACUUCAUACCAUACAAGAAUGGGGAAAUUGUUGAGUCUGUGUUUUUUGAGGGAGACAGACUAACUGACGAAAGAGUCCAAUCAGCUCAAAAUGCAAUGAAGAAUGCUGCAACAGCAAAAAAGAAAUUGGAAGGGUUUAUUUCCAAAAUAGAAGAUUUUCAUACAUUGAUGAAUUUCUUAGAGGUCAUAACCAAGAUGACUUUUAGCACAGAUAGUGGACAAGAUGCUGGGACUCUCUAUUACUACAGGAAUCUGCUGAAUCAUAUGAGCUCCUGUGCUACACUGUGUUUGAUGCUAUUUACACUUAUACAUGUGUGGGCUCACUCCAAUCCCAUGAACAAAAGAAGCAUGGUGUUCAAAUCCCUCCAAAAAAAGUCAAAAUUGAAAGAGAAGAAAAGAGAUCAGCUCCAGGAUUACUUGGUAAUGGUAUUCAGGCUUGUCAUUCUUCACAAAAACUUGGACACAGCUGUAGAUAUGGGAGAUGGAGAGCAAGCCGUCAGGUCAGCUAAGUGUGAAAUGCCUCGAUAG